UGAUGGCGCCAUCAUGGGUACUCCUUGUGGCAGCGGUGGCGACUGUCCUUCUCCAUAGCGUGUAUGCGUCGUCGAAUGCAGCCGUGCUGUACCCCAACCAACUGCAAACCCAUCAAGUGAUCUACCCCAAUCAGCCCGUGGUGUAUGAGCUUCGAACAGACGCAGAUGUAUCGUACGAGGUGAAGUUGUCGUAUCGCGCGACAACUCCGAGCAAGUUCACCCUUCGCAUCCUCGAUUCAACGGAGGGCCUCCACAAGGAUCGUGCCCAGUACAAAAACAUGCGACGCAUCUUGAACACGGAGAAGACAUUCGUCCGCGGCAUUGCGGACAAAAUCUCCUACGUUCAGGUGUCCAUGCAAGUCGAAGGCAUUUCAUACCUCCUGACUCAAGCCGAGAUGGACGCGAGACGGACAGAGUUCGACAUUCUCCUCGAAGACGUGGUGUUGCAGGUCCUUCCGCGCAGCGCGAUCCCGCUGAUUGUCGUCGCCGUGAUCUUGUUGCUUCUCAUGUUUGUCUGCGUGUAUCCUCGCGUGAUGCAGUUGCUGUCGCCAGACAACGUUAUCAUGAAAUCCCAUUGAGUAUAUUAAGUCAUCCCCGAAAGCACAGGUUACGCUCCAAGCCGCCGAUUCCACAAAACAGCAAAGUGCACAUAACUGACGUACUAAGCAGAUGCAAUCCAGUGCAUGCAUUGUACACAUUGCAGUGCGCAUAAGCAGCCACCGAAUGCAAUGGACUGGUUGGCUACAUAUGACGUAGCUACAACCGCCACGCAUCCUCGUUACAGCGCGAGGAGCUCGGACAACGAGGGCUUAGCAUUACUGGUGGCCGUCGCAGGAAACAUGCGCUGGACCUUGAUCACAUGCAAGUGCGUCUUGAGCUUCACAUGAUGGUCUUCCAGGAGCUUGUUGAGCGGCAUGAGUUCGUCCACUGUCGUCAUGGCGUUCCCGCUCAGGGUCAACGACUGCAACGUGGCGUUGCCGACGCCGUACACGACGCCGUCGACGGUUUCCGUGUCGGGCACAUUCAGUUCCUUGAUCACGUCUGCUCGUUCGAGCUUCUUUUUUUGCUUCUUGGCCGCUUCCAGCUACAACCUCGACAGGAUUGAGAGAAAGAACG